CUGACGAUGUACAUUUAUUUUUUCCCUUUACCGCAGCAACAACGGCGGCGGUAGAGUACACCGCGCCACUUAGUGCGAGUGAGGGACAUUGAGAGGGUUAGGAAUCUUAUAGGUAACGGGAUUUCAAUAAAGCCAAGAAACAAGUGGAGAAAACAAAAUUUAUUUGAAUUAGAACCACGUUCCAUGAUUGGAGUAAAGGGCAGGCAGGCGGCUGGCCGAUGGUAUUUUGGUGAGGUGGUCUCCUAGUUGCUGUUUGGAGAGGACCCGCUGACGCCGCCGGACGAUCCUUGAGGAGAGGACUCCUGUUUUCUUUUUUUUUUCUUUCAGACUGUGGUUUCUUAAACACUGCCCCUCAUGGAGGAGUAGCUUUUAAUUUUGUUAAAAAAAAAAAAAAAAACAGAAUACAAACAAGAAGAGAAGGAAUAUUUCUAAAGAAGUGAAAAGGCAAUCGGAAGAGACAAUGUCAUCUAACAGGAGCCAGAACCCACAUGGCCUGAAACAGAUUGGGCUGGACCAGAUCUGGGAUGAUCUUCGAGCAGGAAUACAGCAGGUCUACACCAGACAGAGCAUGGCCAAGUCACGAUACAUGGAACUCUACACACAUGUUUAUAACUACUGCACAAGCGUGCAUCAAUCCAACCAGGCCCGAGGUGCCGGGGCACCCCCCUCCAAGCCUUCCAAGAAGGCACCCACCCCAGGGGGGGCCCAGUUCGUGGGACUGGAGCUCUACAAGAGACUGAAGGAAUUCCUGAAGAACUACCUGACAAACCUUCUCAAGGAUGGGGAGGACCUGAUGGACGAGAGCGUGCUGAAGUUCUACACGCAGCAGUGGGAGGACUACAGGUUCUCCAGCAAGGUGUUAAACGGUAUCUGUGCCUACCUCAACCGACACUGGGUCCGGCGCGAGUGCGACGAGGGCCGCAAAGGGAUCUACGAAAUCUACUCGCUUGCCCUGGUUACAUGGAGGGAAUGCUUGUUUCGACCUCUGAAUAAACAAGUGACGAACGCAGUGUUGAAGCUGAUCGAGAAGGAGCGCAACGGGGAGACCAUCAACACCAGGCUAAUCAGCGGAGUCGUCCAGUCCUACGUUGAGCUGGGCCUGAAUGAAGAUGAUGCCUUCGCUAAGGGGCCCACAUUAUCUGUAUACAAAGAGUACUUUGAGACUCAGUUCUUGGCAGACACCGAGCGCUUCUACACAAGGGAAAGCACGGAGUUCCUGCAACAGAAUCCCGUUACUGAAUACAUGAAAAAGGCAGAGGCGCGCCUCCUGGAGGAGCAGAGGAGGGUGCAGGUGUACCUCCACGAGAGCACACAGGACGAGCUGGCGCGCAAGUGCGAGCAGGUGCUGAUCGAGAAGCACCUGGAGAUCUUCCACACGGAGUUCCAGAACCUGCUGGACGCCGACAAGAACGAAGACCUAGGCCGGAUGUACAAUCUGGUGUCCCGGAUCACAGACGGCCUGGGAGAGCUCAAGAAGCUUCUGGAGACGCACAUUCACAACCAGGGACUGGCAGCCAUUGAGAAGUGCGGGGAAGCGGCUCUCAAUGAUCCCAAAAUGUACGUGCAGACCAUCCUGGACGUUCAUAAGAAGUACAAUGCACUAGUAAUGUCGGCGUUCAACAAUGACGCUGGCUUUGUGGCUGCGCUCGACAAGGCUUGCGGCCGGUUCAUCAACAACAACGCGGUGACCAAGAUGGCGCAGUCGUCCAGUAAAUCUCCGGAGCUGCUGGCCCGAUACUGCGACUCCCUUCUGAAGAAGAGCUCUAAGAAUCCAGAGGAGGCAGAGCUAGAGGAUACUCUCAACCAAGUGAUGGUGGUGUUCAAGUACAUCGAAGACAAAGACGUGUUCCAGAAGUUCUACGCCAAGAUGCUGGCCAAGCGCCUGGUUCACCAGAACAGCGCCAGCGACGACGCCGAGGCCAGCAUGAUCUCCAAACUGAAGCAAGCGUGCGGGUUCGAGUACACCUCCAAACUGCAGCGCAUGUUCCAGGACAUCGGCGUCAGCAAAGACUUGAACGAGCAAUUCAAGAAGCAUCUGUCCAACUCGGAGCCUUUGGACCUGGACUUCAGCAUCCAGGUCCUCAGUUCAGGGUCUUGGCCCUUCCAGCAGUCCUGCACGUUCGCUUUACCGUCCGAGCUGGAGAGGAGUUACCAAAGAUUCACCGCCUUCUACGCCAGCAGACACAGCGGCCGCAAGCUGACCUGGCUGUACCACCUGUCCAAAGGAGAGCUGGUCACCAACUGCUUUAAGAACAGAUACACCCUGCAGGCCUCUACAUUCCAGAUGGCCAUCCUUCUGCAGUACAACACAGAGGACAUCUACACAGUGCAGCAGCUCACCGACAGCACGCAGAUCAAGAUAGACAUAUUGGUGCAGGUUUUACAAAUCUUGUUGAAGUCCAAAUUACUGGUCCUGGAAGAUGAGAAUGCUAAUGUGGAUGAGGUGGAGUUCAAGCCUGACACCUUAAUAAAACUCUUCCUGGGAUAUAAAAAUAAGAAGCUGCGAGUCAACAUCAAUGUGCCAAUGAAGACAGAACAGAAGCAGGAGCAGGAGACCACCCACAAGAACAUCGAGGAGGACAGGAAACUACUCAUACAGGCUGCCAUCGUCAGAAUCAUGAAGAUGAGGAAAGUGCUCAAACACCAGCAGCUGCUGGCGGAGGUCCUAAACCAGCUUUCCUCCCGGUUUAAACCCAGGGUCCCUGUCAUCAAGAAAUGCAUCGACAUCCUGAUAGAGAAGGAGUACUUGGAACGUGUGGAUGGGGAGAAGGACACCUACAGCUACUUGGCUUAAAUGUUUUAUUUUUUUAUUUUUAUUUUUUUUUUUUUUUCCAAAGUGUCUCUGAGUAAUAAACUUCAUUCCUUUUGACAUUCGGCCGAUGUUGUUAGGAAUGUGAGCACAGAACAGGAAGGAGGAAAACGGAAGCGAAGGCGUUGUGAAUCUCCCAGGCGGCUGGCGGCGAAUUGAAGCGGCCGUAAAGCUGGACCUCCCUUUAAACCUCUGAGACUGGGAAAGCUGCCAGCCAGUGUCCUAAAUUCACAUCCGAACUGCUCAGGAUCACACAUAAUGUUUUGAUAUGUAAAUACGGACACAGACCCUCUAUCCUUACCUAGCGAAGUAAACAUUACAGACCGAAUCGGAAAAACCGCCUCUGUCGGGAAUGGGGGGGGGGGGAGGGGUUGCAUGCUACUGCCUAUCUGCAUUUAAGCGAAAACGGGGGAAAAAAAAAAAAAAAACAUUUAAGAUAAUGAAACGGCUAUUGGAACCGCUGCAGUUAGUGGUGGUUGCAAUUUAAGAAAAUACAUUUUAAGAAAAAUAAAAUACUUUAAUUUAUGAAUGCAAUUUCGGCAGCACUUUGAGAGCGUCAUAGUGUCGGAAUGGGCCCUUAGAACUGUGUAAUCUGCAUUGUUAACUGC